AUGCGCCGGGGGCCCGGGGCCGCCAUGCGGGCCGAGGUGGCCUCGGCCGCCGGCUUCAUCACGCGGCUGCUCCGCGGCCCCGGGGGCUUCGCCGAGGAGCAGCUGCAGCUCUUCCGCGAGUCUCUGCAGGAGGCGCUCACAGAUCACUACCAGCACCACUGGUUCCCUCGGACGCCGUCGCGGGGCUCCGGUUACCGCUGCAUCCGCAUCAACCACCGCCUGGACCCGCUGGUGGGGCGGGCGGCGGGAGAGAGCGGGCUCAGCCCCCGGCGCCUCUUCCAGCUGCUGCCCCGAGAGCUGACGCUGUGGGUGGACCCGUCCGACGUGUCCUACCGCAUCGGCGAGGACGGCUCCGUCGGGGUUCUGUACCGCGGGCCCCCGGCGCGCAGCCCGCCCAUCGGCGCCCCCGACGGCCGGGGCCCCCGCCACCCCGGGGAAUGGUGGCGUGGGCCAGCCCGGACGGCCGCCUGA